AUGUUUUAUGAAGAGACAUAUCAACCGCCAUUACUUAAACUUGAUAAAUCUCUGAUUUCAGAAGAAACAGAUUCCACUGAAGUAAUUCAAGUAAAGGGAAGUUUUUAUUUCUUAGUUGAACCAUACACGGUAGAAGCAGGUUGGGAAAUUCAUGAUUCAAAAGAUAAGAUAAUCAAAUAUGGCAGCCUUGGCAAAUUUACAGUUUCAGAAAAACAAACAAGUAUGGAUUUUGAUGUGUCAAUCACACCACCAACAGAACUUGGAAAGUACACAUUAUAUGUUUACACAUAUACUAAUGGUCUUGGCUCAUUGCUUUAUGAAGAAUUCACAAUUACAGUUGUUCCACCAAAUUAUAGACCAAAGUUAUACAUUGUUCCAUCUGAAUACCUAUAUUACAUUCCAGAUUCUGAAGUUUCUUUCUUGGCUUCAGUCUACGAUCAAGAUUCAGGUGAUAAACCACUCACAGCAAAGGUUUUCUUCAACAAUGCAGAAGUUGCAACACAAGAAGUUGCAAACAGCACAGAUCUUAAGACAUUCAAAUUCAAAGUUCCAAAAGA